AUGACUGGAGAUGCAGGAAGGGAGGCUGGUAGUGGGGAUGGAUUGAGUGGGGAUGAAGGAAGGGGUGGUGACAGGGGCGCGGGUGGAGGAAUUGCAGGCGAAACGGGUGUGAGCGAGAGGGGUGUGAGCGAGAGGGGUGUGAGCGAGAGGAGUGCAGAUGGGAAAAGGAAAGACAAGGGGAUGGAGGUUGGGACACCCCAGCCCCUGUCAGCCCUCCAAACGCUGUUCAGUAGCAGUGCCAAAACAAGGGUGGCUUUUGAGACAUGUCGGAAGGUAGCGCUAGUGGGUAGCUGGAGUCUUGGUGGUGGCGUGGUGCUGAGGAGUAAGGGGGAGGAAGAAGAGGAGGAGGAGGGAGAGGGGGAGGAGGAGGAGGAGGAGGAGGAGGAGGAGGAGGAGGAGGAGGAGGAGGAGGAGGAGGAUGAGGAAAGCGAGGAGGAGGAGGAGGAGGAGGAGGAAGAAGAAGAGGAAGAAGGGAAGGAGAGUGAAGAGAAGGAGGAUGGGAGUGAUGGAGACGAGGAGGAUGUGGAGAGGGAGGGCGGGAGUAUGGAGGGGAUGGCACGAGGGGUAGCAGAGGAGGAUGGAGAGGUGUGGAUGGAGGAGAGCGAAGGGCAGGAGAAGGAGGAGCUACUAUUGGGUCGAUUCAUGCUGAGGGCUCUCAGCAGCGGUCAGUGGAGGGAGGUGUCGUUGUCUCUCAACCGCCCUCCUUCCGCUCACUCACAGCAGCCCCCUCUCUCGAUAUCGCACCUCCCACAAGCACACCGCUCUCACCCUCUCCCUCUAUCACACCUCCCACAACCACACCCCUCUCACCCUCUCCCUCUAUCACACCUCCCACAACCACACCGCUCUCACCCUCUCCCUCCCUCGCACCUCCCACGUUCGACAUCCAUUCUCCGGCACUCCUCACCCUCCUUCACCCCCUCGAUCCACCUGGUCUCAUGGGCCAAUACGGCUCACAGCCUCUCCUUCCGUUCCGCCCUCCAAACCGAAGCUGCAGCUUUGGCAGCAGAAGGGCUGGAUUCCGAGCCUACGCAUGCAGCUCCGCCGGAGGUUCGGCAAGUGGCUCGGCAGGCUGUGAGCUCUCCGGCUCAUCUUCCCGUAGCUAAGCUGCGUUUGGGGUGUCAGCAGGACGAACCGAAGCUGAGACAAGGGGGAAAAGAAGCGUAUGGUGUGGGUCGUGCUUUGAUGCGCGUUGAAACGAAACGAGGCCGAGUGGAUGGUGCUGCAGCUGAGACGACUCAAAAGCCAUCCAAAGGGGAGAAAAUGCUGAAUCGAGGUGUUGCAUCUGACAGAAAUGCAGCUAAACAAGGCUUGGGCAUGGAUCGAAAUCACGGGGAGGCUAAGCAAAGAGCUGAUGCCAGUCAUGGGGCAAUGGGUGCUGCGGCUGCUGUUGCAUUGGGGAGGAGAGAAAACGCAGGAGGGAGGGAGAAAGGGUCAUGCAAAGGGGCAGGAGUGAGGGAGGAGAAGGUUAGAGAUGCGUUGUUGAGAAGCAUUGAGAAGGGAAGGGAAGAUGAGAUUGUGGAGUUAAGGGGAAGUCCUUUAGGAAAGGUUAAGAAUGAAAGGGGGGAGGAGAAGGAGGAGGGGAAAGUGGAGGAAGAAGAGGAAGAGGAGGAAGAGGAGGAGGAUGGAGAGGAGCGAAAGGCAAGUGCAGUUGGAGGUAGGGAGGUGGGAGGGGAGAAGAGGGAGGAGGACAGAGGGGAGAAAAGGGAGAAGGAGGGAGGAAAGGAAAGCAAAAAGGAGGGAGGGAAGGAAAGGGAGGAAGUGGGAGGAGAGAUCACGGAGGAGAAGGGGGUUGAGAGGCGCUUUGACUCGAAUAAACCUGACACUUUGGUAACUGCUCGAAAAGGGUCGGAUGCGAAAGCGAGAAAGUUGGGAUUGUACAAGGGUAGCUAUUUGGAUUGGGGUGUGGGGGGGAGUGGAAGCGGAAAAAGGGAGAUGGGUGCUAAAACGGGUAGUGGGGAUGGCCUCGCUAGCGGUGGUGCGGGGAUGGGUGGUGGGGGGAUGGGUGGUGGGGGGAUGGGUGGUGCGGGGAUGGGUGGUGGGGGGAUGGGUGGUGGGGGGAUGGGUGCUGCGGGGAUGGGUGGUGGGGGGAUGGGUCACGUUGGUGGGGUUGGAGAGAGAACGGCAGGGGCUGCUCUGGUAAAGGUGCAGGGUGAUGGGAAGAGUGCUUUUAUGGCAGCUUUUGAGCAGCGAUUGCAGGCGGAGUUUCAGGCGAUGAGAAGUGGUGGGCAGGGUGUGGGACAUGUGGUUGAAGGGGGAGAGAGGAUAAAGACGGAGAUGGGGGGAGGGGAAGAUGAGGGAGAGGAGAGGGGAGAGGAAGGGAGGUCUGGUGCAGGUGUAUUUGCUAAGAGAGGGGGUGAUUGGGAGGGGAAGAGAGAGCAUGAGAGAGAGCAGGAGGAGGGGAGUGAGAGUGAUCCAAGAAGUGAGAGUAGGGGGAGGAAGAAAUGGAAGAAGAAAAGGAAGAGAAGGAAGGGCGAUGGGGAAGAGGGGGGUGGUAGUGGGAGCGAAGAAAGAGAAGGAGACAAAGAGGAGAAGGGCGAAGCCAGCUGGCGCGUUCCUAUUGGCACGGAGCGCCAGCUCAUGCGAUACCUGCAGAAAGCUUCAACUGGUUCAAUGCACGGUUCAGCAGCUGGUGCUGCUUCUGCUGCUGCUGCUGCUUCUGCUGCUGCUGCUGGUGCAUCUAGAACGUCAAAGGCGUCUGAAUUGGUUCCGGUCCCACACGCAGCUGCAGCGAGGAGAAAGAAAAAGUCUGCUGGUGUACAUUCAGUUGCAGCAAGGACGGAGAGGCAGCUUAUUCUGGCUACCAGGCAGGCAGAGGAGCAAGCAGGUGGGCUGCUGGGUCACGGGAGUGGGGAGGAGGAGGAAGAGGAGAGGGAGGAGGAAGAGGCGGAACAUGAGGAGGAAAAUUUUGCGAUGAGGGAUAAGGAAGAUGGGAAGAGAGGGGAAGGAGAUGGUUUUGAGAGGGAGCUGGAGGGGAGGGUUUCUGUGCUCAGUGAUUGUCAUGGGGAGGGUGCGGGGAUGCAGUGGGGAAUGGAGGAAGAGGAGGAAGAGGAGGAGAGGAGGAAAAGUUUGAAGGAACGGAAGCUUGAUGAGGGGAUUUGGGAAGAGAGGCAGGAGAGGAAAGAGAGGAGGGAGCAGGAGAAGAGGGAGAAGAGGGAGAAGAGGGAGAAGAGAGAGAAGGAGAAGCGGGAAAGGGAAAGGAAGCGGAGGGAGAGAUCGUCGUGUGCUCGUGUGGAGUGGGGCGGAUGGGAGUGGAGAGAACACGUGAAGCAAGUCGCUCAGAGAGAGGCUCUAAAGCAACGAGCCGAGGCCUACUAUAAAGGGGAUAGAGGCGAGGGCGCGGGAGAAUGGGAAGCAGACGGCACAGGGCCGGGCGCAGGGGCGUCCAUGCGCACGCCCCGCAUGCUCUCACGGGCGAAUCUCUCCCAAGCUAGUAUUUUGAGAGGGCCCGGCAGCAGGACACAAAGAGAGGGGUCUCUUGCCGUGCUUGCUUCUGCUGGGGGUGCCGGAGUGGGCUUGCUUGGGGGAGGAGGAGGAGGAGGAGCAGCAGGGGAGGAAGCAUGGGAGGGAAUGGGUGCGGGCAAUAGCAUGGGGAGUGGUGCCCUCACUCUGAUAGGCAGUGCAAGGAGCAGCAGGGCGUUGCUGAGGCAGCUAGCGGUGGGUUCAGAGGGGUUGGAAGGGGUGAGGUUCAAGCAACUGAAGGGGAGGAAGAAGAACCUGAAGCUGGUGAGGAGCAGGAUACACGGGUGGGGGUUGCUGUCCCUGGAGCGCAUUGAAGCAGGGGAUUUCAUCAUCGAAUACACUGGGACCAUCAUCCGCCGAUCGGUGUCGGAGCUGCGGGAGAGGAUGUAUGAGGCGGAUGGCAUUGGCAGCAGCUACUUGUUUCGAGUGGAUGAAGAUGUGGUGCCCAACUGUUACACCAAGGUGAUAGUAGCAGACGGGCAGAAGCACGUGGUGAUCUACUCUAAGCGGGUGAUUCAAGUGGGGGAGGAGCUCAGUUACGACUACAAGUUCCCUAUCGAGGACGAUGCCAAGAUCCCCUGCCUCUGCUUGUCUAGAAAUGGUGCAACUGGUGCACCUCCAUUGGAGCAGAAAGAGGGUGCAUUUGAAGCAGAAGCAGCAACGGCAUCGGCCGAAAACGCGCCUAACACAGCGCGUAACGCGGCGCCAAUCCCGGCGGCGGAGCUUCCGCCGCCCUCAUUCCAUGUGGACGUGGCGAUUGCGGGCGGCGGCCUUGCGGGGCUCGCGCUCGCCGCCGGCCUGCAGUCGCGCGGCGUCGAGGCGGCCGUUUUCGAGGCCGCGCCCGCGCUGCGAUCUAACAACAGCACCGUCCUCGUCAUCUGGCCGAACGGCGCCGCCGCCCUCGACGGAAUCAUGCCCGGGUUGAGCGCUUCCGUGGCGCGACACGGCACGCUGGUGAACCGGCGGAGGCUCUACAACCGGCGCAGGCCGCCGCAGCCGCCGCCGCCACUGCCGUCGCCGCCAGGCGGAGCGGAAAGCGGGCCGGGGGAAAGUGGGUGCUCGGAAAGCGGCGGAAGGGGAAGCAGUGGCGCAAGGGCAGAUGGCGGAAGUGUGGUUGGGAACGACGGGGCUGCGCUAAGUUCUGAUUGGAUGGUGGCGGAGACGGAAGUAGCGGGGCUGAACAUGGUGCCCUGGCAGCGCAUCCAAGAGGCUCUCGCGUCAGCGCUCCCUAGGCCUGAUUUGGUGCGAUGUGGGCAUCGCGUGGUGGGGUACCGCCCUGUGUUUAAGCGCAGGGGUGGCGGGGAGGGGGAAAAAGCGGGGGGCGCGGGAAGGGGGGGAGGAUCAGGGGAAGCGGGGGGAACGGGAAGAGAGAGUGGAGCGGGGGGGUUGAGGGGAGGAGGGGGAGGUGGAGAGGGAAGUGAAGAUGGGGAAGGAAGUGAGGUGGAGGCGGUUGAUGUGGUGUGUGAGGUCGCGGGUUCGAAUCCUGGCGAGAAGCAAUUAGUGGUUGUGAGGGCGAAGGUGCUGGUGGGAGCUGACGGGGACACCCCCUUUGCAGGCUUCUGCAGCAAGCAGAACAUUAAAGCCCGCCUGCUCCCUCUCAUCCAGGCCAACCUCCCCCACCACCCGCUCUGGAAACGAGCCUUCCAAGAAGCUUCCUCCACCCUGGAGAAUCUAAUCUUCGAGCGCCGCCAGCUGGAUCGUCCACCGCCCGCUGACUCAUGGAGCGACCCUGUAUGCGGUAACAGGGUUGUUCUUAUAGGGGAUGCGGCUCAUGCCAUGGAUCCUGGGCCGGGGCAGGGGGCACUGACAGGGUUUGAGGAUGCUCACCAGUUGUCCCUGUGCUUGGGUGAGGCGGGGGAUCCGGACCUGCUUACCAAGCCUAUUACUGUGGCUGCGGCAGUUCGGGAGUUUGAGUCUCGGAGGAUUGGGCGGUGUGUGAAGGUGCAUCGGCAUGCAACUGGGCUGAUUGGGUAUGGGGAGGAAGGAAGGGAGUUCAAGAGGAGGAGCGUGGAGGAUCAGAUGAAAACUACCAUGGAGUUCACGAGGUGGAUGUAUGCUUAUCCUGACAAGAUCGAUGGGGAUCCAGAUUUCACCUUUUUCCAAUAA